GGCUUAUACAAAGAGCAGAUAAGUGAAGCCCCAUUACAGUGCUGUGACAAGAUUGAAGAUUUGUGUUCAAAUGAUAUUAACCUCUACAUUUGGAACCUUCUAGGCCUCCUAACAUAGAUUGAUUAGAAUGAUGAGUCCCUCAUCAUUUUGGUGGUAGGUUAUGCUUAGGCCCCAUAUAGAUCAAUUAUCAGUACUACCACACCAGAAUACCAGUAAAAAAAAAAGGGUGAUGAUUAAAGCCUAGAAAGUAAAGACCGUCUGAUCAUCUGGGUAAAUGCAAAAGAUGCAGCCAAGAAAGGUUGAGUGUAAAGCCACAAGAGGACCCUCACACCACAUUUCCCCUUGGUACAAAAGUAAUGCUCAUCAAUCAAUCUGGUCACUUAUCCACGAGCAUAGUUAGAGUUGGGUUGAUGAUAUCUGCCAAAUGGAACUGUAAAUUUUGUCAUCAUGAUAUUUCAGUUUUUCACCUACAAAUUCAGACCAAUGUUCGAGUGUGAGUGUGAGUGUGUGAAUGAUUGCCUGCAAUCAAUUCUAGUUAAGCUUCUUCAGUUAUAGGUUGCAGAUGUGUUGGAGUUGUAGUGGUUCAUUAGGUGUGAAGGUGAUGUGGCAUCCACACCAGAUGCCUUUGCUUUUCUUCCACCUUCCUCCUUAAACCUCAGCUUACACAACACACUCUAAGCUACUUUCAUUUCCUUCCUCAACUUUCUCUCUCUUCUCUCACAUGGCAACAAAACCAGCUGAAGAACCUCCUGGAUCCUUGAAAUACCAGACAUGGGUGUUAAAAGUCUCAAUUCAUUGUGAAGGCUGCAAAAAGAAAGUGAAGAAAGUUCUUCAAAGCAUUGAAGGGGUUUACACUAUUACGAUUGAUUCUCGGCUGCACAAGGUCACAGUGACUGGCAACGUGGAGGCAGAGACCUUGCUCAAGAAGCUGUUGAGGUCAAACAAGGACGUCGAGCUUUGACCAGAACCUAAGAAGGGGAAAAAGUCCAAGAAGAACAAAGAGAAUGGUGAUGAAGCGAAAAACUCUACUGAGAAAAGCCAACAAGCUGAUGAAAAUGGUGGUGAUGAUGAUGAGGGUGAGUCGGACAAAGAGGGAAGCAAUGGAGCUGGUGGAGAACAAAGUGUUGGUGGUGGUGGUGCUUCAAGUGGAGCCAAAAAGAAAAGAAGAAGAAAGGGCUAAAUGGGAAUCCUCCAAAUGGCGGCACAGCCAACCCCGGUGAGUAUCAUGGUGAUGCUAAUGGGCCGCUGAUGGUUGUUCCAGACAUGUCUCACCCAAUGGCUGCCAUGAAUGUCGGCCCACCGAUCCAACAUAUGUACCCGGGUCCAUACCCGCCACCAAUGUAUUAUCAGCCUCCUCUGGCCGCAUACGGGUUAAGUUACAGUACGACGUAUCCUAGCACAAGUGCUUCAUAUUACCCCUGCUAUGCAUGAUAACACGUACUAUCAGCCGGACAUCUACUUGCCAUCUGAUCCUGUCGAUUCAUAUACAGACGAUGAUGAUGAAACAAGUAGCUGCUACAUUAUGGGAAAAUAUUCUGCAAUAUUAAGCGGAGGCUUAACUUUGUACAAUGUACUGGUUAAGAUAUGAAAUGGUUGAGCUUA